UCGUUGUAUGCUAUGCAGUUUGUUGAGGAGACAUUCAUUUAAUCCUGUGGUGUUACGUUUUAUAAUUGUAUUGAUGUAUUCCAAGACUGAAAAUGGGGUCAGCGGUAAACCUAAUUUUUCUUUAGGCACUGUGAAAUGGUGUAGCCUGUAGAUAUAGAUGAUUUCAGCACUCUUACAAAUAUGUUGUUCGUAGUUUGGUCGAUACUAUGAGUUUUUAAAUACAUGUACCAAAUUCUUUGGGGGAAUAUUUAGUUAUUCAAAGCUAUGGGGAUCCGAGGGCUUACUACUUAUAUACAAAGUAAUGCCGACAAGUACUUGGAAUCAUACGAACUACACAACAGCCACUUAGUUAUCGACGGGAACAAUAUAGCGUCUCACCUGUAUAGUUGGUUUUCUAAAUGCAACAGUGCCUUCGGUGGGGAUUAUGACGAAUAUGAAAAGUCUGUGAAGGAUUUUUUUAAGCUUCUGCGGGUAUGCAAUAUUUCUCCAUUAGUUGUUCUCGACGGCGGAUAUGAGCCACGGAAACUAAAUACUGCGAAAUCUAGGUUACGAAGCCGCUACCAUAUAGCCAAGAACGUUACACCGCGAACACAGUCGAGCAUAAAAUUCUUCCCUCUUAUGAUGAAAGAAGUGUUUAAAGACGCAUUACUGCAUUUAGACAUCCCAUUUGUUCAGUGUGAUUUUGAAGCCGAUGAUGGAAUAGCAGCAUUGGCCAGAAAUUUAGGAUGCCCCGUACUGAGUUAUGAUUCAGACUUCUAUGUUUAUGAUGUGCCUUACAUACCAUUCUCAACAUUGCAGAUGGAACCCAUUAAACGUUCAGUGAAUGAAAACAAGUACUUUAUUAACUGUAAAUUGUACAGGAUUGAGAAUUUCCUAAAUUCAUUUGGGGGGCUAGAAAAAGAAAUGCUACCACUGUUAGCUACACUGCUUGGUAAUGAUUAUAUUAAAAGAAGUACUUUCAGCAACUUCUUCAGCCAACUGAGAUUACCCAAAAACAAAACUAUGAGUGAGACCCAGAAAAGAAUUUGUGGACUGCUUCAGUGGCUACGUAAGGAAACUCCAGAGACAGCUCGCAACAAGGUUCUUGGACACCUGAAGAAGCCAUGUCGGGAGUCUGUUGAAAGACAAAUAAUGAAGAUAGCUUCAGGAUAUCAUCCAACAGAAAUACAUUCAGAUCUGGGAUUGCCAUUGCAGCCUGCCUUAGUAUUUGUAGAGAAGAGGGUUGUUCAAGAAGAACAGUUACAAGAAACUCACUCACUUCAUAGUGACUAUACCCCUGGUGAAGAAAUGGUUUGUAAUACAAUUGACAAUAUUUGCAGUGACAGUGGAAGUGAAAACACUUACAGUGACAAUGAUUGUGAAGAACCCAGCAGUAACAGUGAUGAAGAAAAAUGUACUAACUCUGAGUCAGAGGGUGGCAGUAAAUCAGAGACAGAUGAGAAAUCUGCAUGUGUGAAAACUGCUGAAGAAAAUAUUGUUCUCUCUCUCCCUGAGUGGUUUAAAAACAGCUUCAGAAAAGGAAAUAUGCCAACUAGCUUUCACGAUAUGUUGACACAAAAGUUAUAUUUUAUGUCACCUCAGGUUGAAGACUACACUCUUGUUUUUUCACAGGACAUUAGCAUACCUAUUAUUCAAAUAAUAUUUGGCCUUCUGAUGUCUGGAAAACCGAGCACUUUGAGCUACUAUUCCAGAAGCCCUCGUGGACAGUUACAGAAGUAUUGUUUAAGUUCUUUGUGCAAAACAUCAAGAGUAAAAGAAUUUCCUUCCUUGCUUAAUCUUCCACAACUUCCUUUGACUGAGAGGCAAUAUAUAUUGUUAGAUACAAUGGGCAUUAAAGACAAAACUGAAAAUAUAAUACAGAAAUUAUGUCCAGAAUGGAGAUUGUUUGCAAUUGCGUUGAAGUAUUGGUUCAGCCAUACUACGCAACCUGUGCUUAACUCUUGUCAUAUACAUGCACUCAUUUUCAGUGCAGUUGUUUUAAAUAUAGUUAGCAAGGUACCAGGGUACUAUAAAUCAAAAAAAUCUUUGUCAGGUGUGCUCAAAAAAGUGAAAUCGAGUGAAGUUGAAAAAAGUUCUUCAGAAAGUGAUGAUUUUUUAUUUGGGGAAUUUCUUCAAUCUUCAGAUGCUCUCAGCGAACCAAAUAAAAUGCUGCAUGUCAUCAGGAAAGAAGACAGUAUAUUAUUAGCUAAUAUUAUUUUGCCUUUCCACCAAAUUAAUGAGCACAUGAAGUCAAAUGCUCGCCUUUAUUCAGUUACAACUGUUCACGCCUUUGCUCAAUUCCAAAGCUGUCUUAUGCAUUUGAGACAUUUAAAUGCUUUACUCAGUUUUCCAUUUCCACAGAUCCUACCUGCAAAAUUUUAUUCAGGGACUCUGGUAUACAAUAUGUACAUGAAUUUUCAAAAACGGUCAGAUGUAAUGGGAUAUGUAUGUCACCUUUUGCAAAAAGCUGAGUCUGUACUGGUUUUGUACAAAAGUGUGAUUGAGGCAGUAUUCGAAAUGCUACCAUUACUUCCAUCUCUGAAACGUCGCAGACAUAAGAAAAAGAAGAAAGGAGCACACAUGAAAGUAGUAGAUGAUACUGAUGAUGACAAUGGUGGUUCUUCGGGAAGCCAAAUUGCCGAAAGUGCUUUCAGUGAUUUGAACAACAGAUUUAGUAUUCUGGGAACAGGUGACAGGUGAAGGAAGGUUUCUUUUCAAAAAUAUUGAAAUAUUGCACAGAACAGAAUAUUAUUAUGUUGUUUGUAGUAAGUGUGCAAUUGAAGCAGUGGUAACAAAUAUGCAGUUAUGGAAUAGAAUAUUGAUAUUUUGUUUGUAGUUAAGUGUGCAAGUGAAGCAGUGGUAACAAGUAUGCAGUUAUGGAAAGUCUGUAGCAGUAAGGUUCCAGUAUUCUGUCCUAUGAUGAAUGGUGCUUUACAUACAAAGACCAUAAUACCACAUUCAUUAUGAAACAUAUAUGUCCUAUAGGUAUCUAUUUUUGUCAUACCAUAUAUGAUGUAAAUAAAUCAUGACCUAAAUCUUGUUACUGAUGAAAAUCAUGUCAUACAAGACACUUGAGUCAGUCAAACUGAAUAUAUUCACAUUUGUAGCGUA